CAUCAGACGGAGAUCCGACACUCUUCAGUGGGAGACCAAGUUUCUGUGAUAUCUUUCUCUUGAAGGCGCUUUGAAUGUGUCAGAUCGAGAGCAAGGAAGAAACUUCCCAACUUGACAUCCCUUGAGAUACUGAAAGCCAUAGAGAAGAGCCGUACACGCAAAACCAGAAACGGCGACCAACCAAACAAAAGCUCCCCUCCUGGAUAGCGUGGUUGGAAAUUCACCAUCGGGUGAAUGUGUAGGGCACGGGGCAAAACUCUUGAAUGAAGACAAUUACUGUCGUAUGUUAAAAGAAGAAUACGGUCGCGUUCUGUAUGAACGUGACGUUGCGAAGAGAAGUCUAACUGUUGCAAAUUACCGGCUUACUGGAGAGAUACAGAAAGAGAGACACGAAAAAGAAUUUGAAGCUGUGGCAGCCACAGAUCAGAGAAACAACAUGGAACAUGUACACGCUGAACCGAACCAGUCUAGCCCCCGAAUAAGAUCCAAAUGCUCAAAAUUACCUUUGGAUCAUCGUACUAGAGGGGAGAAAGGCAUAAGAUUCCAUACUCAUCUUAAAGGGUAUGCAACUCACCCUAGUGAUAGCCAAGACAGUAACUCUGAAGACGAAGACGAACGUGGAAUUAACACCAGUAAUAAUGUUAGCAAUUGUAAUGGCAACCACAGCCUUGGUGGUGGUGGUUAUGAUAAUGACGAUGAUGGUGUCGGUAGAAACAACGAGAAAAACAAUGACAACAGUGACGAUAACAGAGGCAAUGGAGAUAAAGAUUAUGAGAAUUGUGAUGAAAACUGUGACUGCAAAUAUCACAAUGAUGACGGAGAGAACACUAGCCACGAUGUUGAGGACAACAAUGGCGUUUGUGCUAAGAGUUACACAAUUCAAGCACUUCUAUGUCCAAAUGCAGACGAAACAUCUGUAAGGUCAGAUGAAACUGCAGAGUCUCAGACUGAGGAAUUAAACGUCAGCUUGCGAUUUAACUCUCAGCACAGCAUUGACGAGGACACGGGCAACUUUAGUGUAGAGAAUAGUAAUAGAAACCCAGUAGGUAGCAAUAGUAUCAACAGCAAUAAUGACACUUCUUGUGAAAAUCCAAACACCAGAAAUGAUAAGAAGACAGCUAAUGACCGGCAAAAAGCUAAAAGCUUUGAAGUAGGAAAUAAUGCCGAGCGUUCGGCGGAAAGAGAUGGUAUAGCUGCAAGUCAAGGAGCAAGACCAAAGAUUGUGCCGCAGAAUCCAGUGCUGUUCGAUGCACAUUACCAGAAUGGAAAGAUACCAUCCUUGGAGACAACUGGUAUUGAUCAGAAUUUUCUCGCCCGUCACUCAACAGAUCCAAGUAUUUCGCAGAGCUCGUUUACAGAAAGUUAUGACCUGUGCACUAGCAACAAGUAUUCAAACGAUUGGACCCAAACUUCUAUAACCAGUAACAGCAGCUCCUCCUCACUUUGGAACCUCCCCCGUUCGCCGGCUCCUGAAAGAAGUGGGUUGGUGCUAGAGAAUGCAUAUCCCAGGGAGUUGAUUCCACGGUAUAGAGAUUCAAAGCCGGUAAAUUACCAACCUGUGACAUCAAUGAUGGGGCAAUUCCCCAACACCAGUAACUUCAGCUGCGACAUUGACCGGUUUAACUGGAAUGAAAAUAUGCCAAGUAAUGUACAUCAAACGAGCUUUUCAAGUUUUGGUGACUUUACUGCAGGAAAUGGGACUCAGACAGCAUCACCUUCACUUGGGGUCAGCCCAUUGGCGCCCGCUGUGAGAUAUCCAGCAGUUACCACACCAAGCUCCAGGAUAAGUUCUCCGACCACCACUUCGCAAUUCUCUUCAAUAACGAUGUCAGGAAGUGUAGCCCGAGUUACUUCCAGUUAUGAUAUGUUAAGUAAUUAUGGACGAGAACGAGUAGGGGACUUCAACAGGGACAGGCACUCACAUAGAGAUAACCAAGCAAAUAGUGGUUUGACCUCACCAGAAAUGGUUCAUCCAAAGAGACGAGAAGAAAGCCUGAGGAAUCAUGACCUAUUCAAUAAUCAACAGGAAGGUUCACUUGCUUCAGUAUCGCUUAGGGACCCUUCACUGGCUUCUCUAGAACAACAAGUGGCUGAAAUCGAUAGAAUUCUUAAAGAACGAGAAGAACGAACCAAAAGACAGAGAGAGGCGGCACAAAGACAUAGGGAGAUAAGGGAAACGAGGCAAAGAGAGGCAAGAGAAAGAAAAGAGAGAGAAGAAAGGGAAAUGAGAGAACAAGAGGAGAGAGAAAGAAGAGAGAGGGAACAGAGAGAAAUGAGAGAAGGAGAAGAAAGAGAAACGAGAGAGAGGGAAGAAAGAGAAAAUAGAGAGAGAAUGGAAAGAGAAUUGGAAGAGCGAAGAGAACGGGAAACAAGAAUAAGACAUGACAGAAUAGUAGAAGAGAGCCUUCCCCUUCAGGAGACUCCACUAUGGCAAUGA